AUGCAUUCCCUCACUCUUUUGGGUCUCUCUAUCCUCCCACUGGCCUCAGCAAUAUGCCCAGGGUACAACUACGCAUUCUUCAACACCGGCGACGGCUGGUUUUAUACGGCAAAUACCGCGUGCAAGGCAGAGGUGGCCAGCAACUGUGGCAACAUCUGUACCUGUAGCUUCUUCGGCUGUUCCCCAAGCGGCUCCGUGAAUGCCGUACAAGUCAACGGCCUCUGGUAUAACUGCCGCGACGAUGCCAGCAAGGGUAGUUGUGGACCAGAGAACGGCUUUGCACCUCCUCCCCAGCUUGCAAAUCGAGCUCCUGAGAGCUGCUGCCGGAAUGACGGUAACAGGAAUUUGGAAGAAGGCCUCAUUGGGAAGCGGCACGCGAGCGCUAUCAGCGAUACGAACUCCCUGCUUGACCGUCACGCAGAGGAGUAUGAGCAGGCCACCGACCAGGAUCGGAUUGCGCUGCGAUCUCGACAGGAGGCGGAGGUGGAAGAGGCGAUGAAGCGGGAAGUCGAGGCUGCGGCUUUUGACAGCGUUUAG